UCGGUCUGGAUCACGCUUUUGAUACAAACACAGACACAAGUGUCGCCCCCGUUCGCUCUUUCUCGCUUUCCCUUCGCCAAAUUUCUCACUUGCGCUCGGGGUGAGGAAAAUUCACAUAUUUCUAAACUGGGCCUUCAUCAAAUCGCCGUCACUCUCGUCGCUACUUUUCACUGGUGCUGACCUGUCUCUAGUAAGAGCUCUCGUCGCGGAAACUACUACUACUGCUGCUGCAGGAGGAAGAAGACCACCUUUGGUUAUAGAUUUUUCACCUUCUGGUCUGAGGGGAAAAAUGUGGAUUUUCGCGUGAAAAUCGUCCGAAAUAGUGGCGAAAAGUGAGUUUCGAUUGAAGUUCGAGCACUUUUGAGGGCGGAAGUGAACGGGAAAGUGGAAAAUUAACGCUGCCUGCUACGACGACGAUGGAGUGGAAAAUGGGCAAUCUGCCCCAUCACUAAUGUCGCAUUGCAGAUGUUGAAGUUCAAGUGAUACGUCCAUUUCCAGCGAUGUUGUGAAGUACUAAAAAUCUUCCCAUAACAAAAAAGAAAUGAAGCUACUGAAGUGGUGAUCACUUAAUUGAUCAAACCGAUAAGCUAGAGUGAGACGGGCCUUCAACUCGAAAAUGGUGCUGUGAAAAUCACAAAAUUUUGCUGCAGACUGGUGGAACUGGUGGAAAUCUACAAUAUCAGAACGGAGCUGCAACACCCUAGGAUAACCAAUUUCAGCAUACAACCCACAAUUAGCGAUACAUCAAACAUCAACGACCAACACGAUGGAUAGAAAGCAUUGGAUUUUAAUACCCUUAGCGAUCAUAGUUUUGUUUGUUCAGUUAAGUUUAUCGGACAACUGUUUCCCAUCACGAUCAAUUUACUGCUACGAGUGCGACAGCUGGACGGACGCCCGAUGCAAGGACCCCUUCAACUAUACGGCCCUCCCGCGGGACCAGCCCCCCCUGAUGACGUGCAACGGAUGCUGCGUGAAGAUGGUGCGGCACUCGCGAACACCUUAUGAAGUCGUCAGACGAAUGUGCACAUCACAGUUACAGAUAAACUUGUUUAUGGUAGAUCAUGUGUGUAUGAUGGAAAGUUCAGGCAAUGGCCAUAUGUGUUUUUGUGAGGAAGAUAUGUGUAACGCAAGCCCCCCCAGCUUGCUGGUCGCCAAGCACUUGAAUGUGAAAAUGUGUAUCACGAGCGUACUCGCCGUCAUUUUGCUGAAUACCGUCCAGCGGGUAUUUCGGUAAACCGCCAACCGAUUCCGAUUGUGAAAGUCGAGCCAAAAUCCAAAAACGAACCAAAGAAAGUCGUUCGAACAAACUGGGAAUCAUGACAAACGACAAAAACCGCUCGAUUUUUUUCGUUUUUCUACGCAAAAGUUUUUCUCACUUUGCUCAUUGCAGGUGGUUUGCGGUGAUUGUGGAAUUUCUUACAAAUCAUCCGAUCUACAGCCCUGAAAAACAACCCGUAAAUCAUUUAGCCACUUAACAAAACCAUCCCUCGAAAGACGCGAACUCAUGCUCAACCCUACUAUUAUCCUUAUUAUUUAUCAUGUUGCGAAAAUAAAAUCGAUGAUGACCAUUUGAAUGAGUCUAAUCGUCGAAAAUUUUGUUAACAUCACUAAUCGCUAUAUGAGGUAGAUGUGUACCUUAGUUUCAUCUGAUCAAUACCCAAAAGUGCACAGUGCUGGCAAAAUGUGUUAUCUCUUUGAAUUCCUUAAUCGUCCUCGUCGUCCAAGAAAAACGUAAAACAGAACGACUCCAUCUGUCAGAAUCCGAUACCCAAAUUUCAUCAAAUCGCCCCAACUCCUCUCUUUUAAGAUAACGUUUCCCAUUUACGUAUAUUAGUCAAACUCCCUCUCUUCAUACAACCUUCAUAAAGGAAACCUAAGUAACUGCAUGAUAACCAAACUAACGUUCGAAUUCGUAUUUUUCUUUUAUUUUCUUUAAUCCAACCUACUAACUUAACCCUAAUCUCUCUUAAACUCUCGAAUCCAGCUAUAGAAGUUUUCACUCCUAUUACAACCUACAAUUAAACCAGUUUUUCCCUAGUUGAAUGAUUUCACACGUUCCAUUUGUUCAUAACAUAGACUUAGAUUAUCUAUUAUGCUAUUUAAAGAACGCAAGAGUUUCUUUUUUUACUGAGCAGAUUUAUUAAAUCCCCAUUUUCAUCUGUAAAGAAUAUUCGCUAGUUUCUUGGUAUUGUUAUUAUUCUCAGUAAUUAGAUUAACACUCAUGCACUAACGAGUGUAAUGAAAAAGCUUUAAAACAUUGAGCAAAAUUGAGCAAACGCUGGAAAACCCUCAACCGAUAUGCAAGUGUUAAACGCGGUUUUGCUUCCGUGGCAAGCGACUUAACACACACCCACUGUAAAUAGCUAGAGUUAUCAUUUUCUACACCAUAAGCUGAGCUAAUGGUAACAAUAAAGCAUCACAGAAACAGUGACGAGCAUGAAAAUAUCAUACACUUUUAUCAGCAAACAGGUAGAUAGUAAGUCAUGAAAUACAAUAAUCUCGACUUAAUUGGGUUGUUGGUAAAAAUUAGGUGCUAACGGUUCAUUAUGAAAUUAUUUCAAUUGCAAAAUAAACACUUUAAAGUUUAUUUAUUCCUAAAACAAAGCAAAACUUUAAAUUAAAAUCAGUAACAUUUAACUCUCAAACCGAGAGUAAAAUGCUCCUCACAGUUUUGCAAGAUUUCAGAAACUGUUGGCACCUCAUUGCGGAAACCCAAAGGACAACAACGCGUAGACAGAUUAAACAGAUUCCUCCUAAAAAUAUUCUAAAUCAGAGCUAUACAAGAGGAAACAAUCACACAUCGAGCAUGGAACGAGUAGCACACCCUCAAACACUACGCUAAAACAGAAAAAAAACAAUUGCGAAACUUUCACUUAUAUCAUUGCAUGCGUUGAUUUGUUUACCAUGUUGACAGAUUAUUGGGAAAUGUUUCAUCGGUCAACUUUGACAAAGUGGGCGUUGCGUGAAUCUGAAGUCUAACAUUUAGCAGUCUGAUGGUGAGUUUUAUUCGAAUGGGUACUUUCAAUCUUCAAAAAGGAUACGUUUUUUAAAAGUUUAACCGGCGUCACCCUUUUAAAAGGGUAUGUCAAAAUCAGUACAUUUUCGAUACCAUUUUAAAGGGUGACGACGGGUGAACUUGAAAAAAGGAUACUUUUUACUUUGAGUGUAUUGUGUCUUAUGUCAGACUGAAAUGUUUCGUGAAAAUUUUCCGAUGAAAUAUUUCAACUGUUUCAAAAAAAUGUUUUUUUUACCAAUACCCCUCUGCUGUCAAAGUAAACUGAUGAAACAAUAUGAUAAAAUACACCAAAAAGUAGAGAUUCGGGAUUACAUUGUUCCAUCUACUUAGUUAAACAAGCUCGAAAUUUGUUCAAACGCCAUUUUGUACAUACAAAGAAACAACCAAAGAGUACACUUCUAACUAAAAUCCAACCAGUUUGGAGCGAUCCAGAGUGCAUCUGCAUUUGCAUGACUUUUUCAAAUUUCACAACCUCACAACUUUCACCCCCAGAUAAAAAGAGGAAAUUUUGCGACAAUAGCCCCCUCAUGGUGAUAUAGAUAGAAAAAAAAGUGUAUAUUUUGUUAUUCAGUUUUACUCGUUUGUUUUUUUGUCAGAAGAUUUGAGGCAAAAUGUUACCAGAAUGAUAGAAAAUGACAAAAGGUAGGCUAGUAAUCAACGAAUAGUUUAGUUUAGAGAUGGUGGAAGAAUGCUUUCCAGAAUAACUGCUUGUAAUCGUUUAGUUGAUCGGGUCAUGUUUAUAUUUCUAAUGGACUUUUUUGAAAUCUUAUAAAAAGGCUAUUUUUAUAAAGUUAGGAGCUUUUACCAGCGGCAAAACAACAAUAGACAGAUGAAAAUAAUGCUUUUAGAAGCUUUCAAAUGAAACAGAGAGUGUUAUAACUAAAUUAGAUUAUUUUUUAUUAAAGAUAACUCUUAAAAACUUGUCUUUAUCUAGUUAGCUUGCUAACAUUAACAGAUUAUGUUAUUUUGAAUUUAUAGAGCUUCUCAAGGCAAAUUAACCCACUGAAAAUCAUGUUUUAGAAAUCUCAAUAGUUAAUGAAAUCUUGCAGUGCUUUUCAACUUAUGAACUUAUGAAUGAUAAGAAUUUUUGAAAUUAUCAUUCACAUCAAUUCUACAGUUUUCAAAUCAAACUUUCUUUAGAUAGUUUUUAUUUUCAAUAAUUCAAUUCUUUUCUUAUUAUUCUGAAACAAAUAACACAAAACGAUACAACAAAUCUUUAGAUUUCAUAACAGACCAACGCAAAACAAUAAUCUGUCCUGGCAACAAAAGCAGAUUAGUAUUUACAAGACCCGGGUCAUGACGACUACAUACACAAUAAAUGACUAUGCCAUAGCUCAAGAAAAUUUACAAGGGAUUAUGAAACAAAAACUUUAAAUCCGGAAAAUGUCAAUAUUCCAACCUUCGUGUCCAAAUGAUCCCACAUUUAGAUCGUAAUUGCUGUUCAAAAUCUAAAUUGACAAAAAAAAAAGAACGAAAAACAAUCCAAAACACUUUGUUUCGUCAAACUGAGCAGCAAACUUGUUAUUCAGCCUAUUUUAACGAAAACGGGACAGAGAAAACGAUUGUAAAAAGAGUUAUUCUGCUGCAAAACCAAAAAGAUUUACAAGCAGUUUUUUGGAAAUUUUAUUAUUGUAAAACAAAACAAACAUCCGUGAACAUAUUUUGAUACAUUGGAAAGGGAUAUAACAUUAUUUAAAUGGAGAAAAAGCAAGUGAGCAAAUAUAACAAAACUUUAGUAAAAAGCAGACAAAAAUCGGUUAUUUUUGCAAAUCAGUUCAUGUCCCUCAACAGUUUGUUUCUUCGAAUCUCUAGAGGUAACAGUUCAGCGUCUACACAACUCAUUCUCAUCUUGCUCUGUUGUUUGCUAGAUUUCGCUCUUUUUCGUAGAAGUUCAAACUUAGCUGCUGUAUAAAAGGUUAACCUUUUCCGAACCCAAAACGCAUGAUUAUUUUUCAGAUCACAAUCUUCUACCAGCUGGCUCAACCACUUUACGACGUACACAAAUACAGGGAGUUUCAUAAUUAUAAAAAAAAAUAAUCAAGGAGUCAAUUAGUAUGACAGACAAUCCCAGGUGUAAAAUAAUUAGUUCUUGGUUUCUCUUUUUCAAUAACUUUUUUUUCUUUUUCCACCUAUUUAAUUAAAUAUUCCACGCAAUAACAAAUCCAACUUUACCAAUAAUCACAGUAACAUAUUUUUCCUCCUACUUUUCCCUCUAAAACUUACUUAGUAAUAGUAUUUUCUUUUCUCGCGCAGAAAACCUCUCUCACCGCCACCACGACUUCCUUGAACGCAACUUGCUUGCAAAUCUUCUCUUACAUCUAGUACAAAUUUGGCCUUCACCUUGCUCCGCUGUAAAUAAAUUAUUUCUCAACUCUUUUCACGAAGUGAAAACCCCCGAUAGUCAGUACAUUCUUAUGAUUGAUUACUAGUCCAGAGUUGGAAAUGUGAAAAACACAAACUCAAAAAUAAGCUGAAAUAUUGCAUGACCUAACUCUUGUUUUAAGUUCUAAUCUCUUACCGAUUGUAAUAUAACUAUAGUGCGUUAUGCGGAAUGUGAGCUUUCGUUGUUGUAAUUAUGUGUUGUUUUUCAAUUAUUAUUUUUUAGUUAUGAUUUGUUUUUUUAUGUAUAAUUUUCUAUUUGCACCCCGCCCUGCUUUCGUUUGAUCGGUGUAUUUUUUUUGCGUGAUAACUUUUGCUACCGGAAAAAGUAAUUCAAAGACGUGUACAAAUUUUGUCUCGCUGUAAAGUAGCGUACUUUUUGUUUUCGUAAACAGAUUGCAAAACUAGAAAAAACACAUGACUAGCAUGCAACUAAAACAAAAUCAUUCAUUCAGAAAUACUCAAAUGAUUAGGAAGAAGAACUCGGAAUAUUCCACAAGUUAUUGAUUACAGUAAAAAGAAGAAAAGUCAAACUGAAGAAAGCAUCUAUUACGUAUUCGACAGAAGUUUUUCAAAAAGUUAGAUAAUUUUUCGAUUCUGUCCCAUUGCAAACUAAAUCAAACGUUCACUUUCGUGAAAUAUUUUAUCUGUUUUUUUUUUUCGACACAUUUUCAUAUUUUGCACUUUUUCAAAUCUUUAUCUCUGUUAAGUAAAGUUUGAUUUUUGAUUGUAUGAUUUUUCAGUUAUUUCUAGAAUCCAACAAAAAAACAUACUUAACAAUAUCAUUAGUUACAUUUCACUCCCUAAAUCCACCUUUCAACAAAAAUAUUGUAUGUCGGAAUUCCAAAAACAAGCAAUGAGCAUUUAACAUCGUCAAAAAUUUGCUUCCUUCAACGAGAUUUAAUUACGCCUAAAAGGGCAGUAGCAACCGUCGUCGUUGUCAUCAUCGUCAGCGUGGCCAUCAGCCUGGUUCAUGCCUCCCUGGUGUAUCAUAAUAAAAUUAGUAGCAUUCUGUGGUGGGCCAAUCCAAACCGUGCGCAAGAAUAAUUAAACAACCACCACCCUGUGCGCUGAUUUUAACAACCCAGCUAAUGGAAUUUAUAACUAGAGUUCGUGGGUUUUCGCAUUUUCAUCCAUGAGAACAAUUUUUAUUUCAAAAUAAAUUGAAAAAAAAAUCAAACUUGGCAAAACGAUGCACUGCACAUCCAUUUUCCAGGAAAUACAAACAAAAGAAGACUGCAAAACUUGCGCACACAUUCUCGAACAAAAAACAAGGGUAAGGAAUUCCCGUUGAAACUGUGCAAGCUUCAUGAAUAAAUGAUUGCGAACCGUUUCUUUCUUUCUUUUUUUUUCGGGUUGUGUGUACCAACCUUUUUUCGCAUCGCCAAAUUUUCCACCAGGGAAAGCUUGCAAUGUUUCCCCGACGGAAAACGGCUCCUUCAGCCAAGUCGUUAGGGCUGGAGCAACUAUUGCACAGAGUUUUUUGUGUGUGUUUUCUCUACGCGUGUAGUGUGCAAAAAAGAACUUACAUAAAAUAUGUUCAAUGUUGGAGAGUAUCCACAGAAAGUACAAGGAUCUAUUUUUUUAGAUUAAUUUAAAAUUGCUGUACUUAAUUUUUUUAAGAACUCAAAAAAUCAUUAAUUAGUAAUCUGAAAGUAAACAGUGUUUAAAUAUGUUUUCAAUAUUUAGCAAAGGUUAUUUAUAAAGAUUAUAAACAUAUUAAACACAUUGAAAAAAAAUAGAGUAAUUGGAAAGUAUUUUUAACACACUUUUAGUAGAUCUUUUUGUUUCAUUUAUUUGAUUCAAAUACAAUAAUGAGAAAUCUUUUAGAUGGGCUUAUACUAAAAAUUUAAUUAAAAUUUGCAUUUUUUUAUAAAAUUGUAUGGAAAAUUGCACCCAGAAAUAUGUAAUCAAUCAAAUAGACGUUUAUUCUUUCCACUCUCUAUCGGUCUGAUAGCCGUGUGUGCUGGUUUCAAUCCCGUCUGCUGCAACUUUUUUUUGUAUUUAGAGAAACUGUAGAUUAGGGUGGUUCGAGAUAGUUGAUUUUUUAGAACAAUUUAUAUUCGGUCCGUAAACAACUCCCCAAAUGUUGGGAGCAAUUGUUUGCGUCCACACUUUGCGCAAAAAACUUUAUUCUAGUUUGAUUUGAUCAUUUUUAAAACUUUCCAUAAAAUGACAAGCCAGUCUACUGUACAUGCAGCGUGUUGUAAUAUUAAGUGACUUUCCUCACAAAGGUGAUGUGCAUGCUUUAGCAUGCGAUUUUACCUUUCGGAGCAUUUAUUUCUGUUGACAUUACUUGCAUUACCAAGUGUACGAGACAAAUAACAAAUGACUAAACUUACAAAGAAAUUAGGAUAAGGAAAGAGAAAGCUUACAAUUGCACCGUAAAAAAUCGUUUUAUUUCAAAUAUCAAAUUUGAGGUAAAAUAACAAUGAAAAAGAGGUAACUUUUUCUAUAUUUUUAGAAUAAUUUAAGUAUUUUAACCUAAAUUGAAGUUAUAUAACAUCAUAAAUUGGGAAUCUUAAGGUAAUUAUCAAUAAUGGUUCUGAAUUCAGGGUCCAGAAACAGUAAAUUGAAAUGAAAAAUUAAUCACGAUGUGUAAAAUGCUUCUUUAAAAAAAUACAAAGUAAACCAUUUUUUAAUUGGUACCUUUGGAAUCAAUAUUUGAACGUUUCUCUAAAACAAAUAAUACGCAAUUCUAGAGUUCUUUUUUUUAAUGGUCCUAUGAGCUUUUGUGUUUCAUAUGUCUAUAGGACCUUUUCAAAUAAAACUCUAGAAUUGUUGCUGAGUGUGUAGAAAUUUCAAAUGACAUUUUGUAUGUCAAAAUAUUUAUUUCGGAAAAAAUCCGCGAAAAAACUUUUUUUUCUUCGCUGAAAUUCAAUAAAAUGCGAGAAUGUUGGACCUUUUCAAAUAAAACGCUGGGUGAACAGAAAUAUUUUCAAUCGAGUCUUCAUUUGCAUCGUUCUGCAAACAUUGCACAGUGGUCCAGAUCGCAACAUUAAGUGGAAAAUAGAUUUUCCGUAAAAUGAUGAAGUUUUGGAGCUUUGGUGUCUUCAGAAGAGUUGUUGCAUAUGGAAAGGGGCAACUUUUGGUUUGGUUGGAAAUUAGGGUGGUUCACUAUUAGGGUGAUUUUGAAAAUCUAACUUUUCUGGAAUAUUUUUGGGAUUUUUUUUUUGUCUUCCAGAAAGUUGUUGGGCUUGUCAAUCCAAGCAACUUUGUCGAAGACACCAAAAUUUUAUCUCGUAAUCUACGCCUUCUACGACCAAAUUUAUAGAAAGCAUCUGAGCAAACCUUCAAAAAUCAGUUUUUUGACCGUGGCAAUUCAGAGUUAAGUUUUAGAGAAAAGUAAUAUUCGGGGCACUUUUAGAGCUUUAAAAAAACAUUUUUUUUACGAGUCAAUUUGGACUUGAAGGUCAACAGUUACAGCGAUUUUAAGGUAAAAAAGAUGCAAAUUUAAAACUUAAAUAUCUCGAAAAGGCGCAAGCCAAAUUUUAAGCACCAGGUUGCAUUUGAAAGAGGAGAUCUAGCACUACCAACGCUGAAUCUGAAUCUUUUUCAACACUUUGGGUCAAUUCUGAAGGCAGAUUCAGCGGGCAAAAUUACAUAGAAAAACAUAUAUUUGGGCAAUUUUCGAAAUUCGUUAGGGUGGUCCCAUAAGGUUUUCCCUUAAAAAUUAGACUUUUUCAAAUGAAGAUAUCUCGAGUUUAAAGAAAAACACCCCUGACAUUUUUGUAGUGCUCGAGCUCCUCUUUCAAAUGCAACCUGGUGCUUAAAAUUUGGCUUCCGCCUUUUCAAGAUAUUUAAGUUUUAAAUUUGCAUCUUUUUUACAUUAAAAACGCUGUAACUGUUGACCUUUAAGUCCAAAUUGACUCGUCAAAAAAAAAAGUUUUUUUUAGAGCUCUAAAAGUGCCCCGAAUAUUACUUUUCUCUAAAACUUAACUCUGAAUUGCCGCGGUCAAAAAACUGAUUUUUGAAGGUUUGCUCAGAUGCUUUCUAUAAAUUUGGUCGUAGAAGGCGUAGAUUACGAGAUAAAAUUUUGGUGUCUUCGACAAAGUUGCUUGGAUUGACAAGCCCAACAACUUUCUGGAAGACAAAAAAAAUCCCAAAAAUAUUCCUGAAAAUAUUUUCAAAAUCACCCUAAAAGUGAACCACUCUAAUUUCCAACCAAACCAAAAGUUGCCCCUUUCCAUAUGCAACAACUCUUCCAAAACUUCAUUAUUUUACGGAAAAUCCAUUUUCCACUUAAUGUUGCGAUCUGGACCACUGUGCAUUGAUACUUCUCUUCUUCGAGGGUUAUCUCUAGGGUUAGUGAAAUUUCACGAUUUCGGGGACAGCGUGAAAUCCGUGAAAUUUGGCUUUUUCCUCGAAAUCCUGUGAAAUUUUAUAUUUGUGUAAAACUAUAACGAUUUUUUUCAAAAUGAUUUAUCAAACUCCAAAAGGACUAAAAAUAAUCUUAUGAAAUACUGUAGAAUUAAGCGAGUGCAUACCCUUGUUUAAUUGCUAACAUAGGGUUAGUAAUUUUUGACGAUUUUGUGGACGCCGUGAAAUUUAUCAAUGUUCUCAAAUCUGUUUUUUUUUAAAUAACAACAUAAUAAAUAUUUCAUACGUACAGACUAUUAAAGUAAAUUUUGUUUGUUUACAACUGAAAAGCUUGUAAUGAACCAUUUGAAGAAUGGUUCAAAUUUGUUAGUUUUUUUCAACUAUGUUUAACUAUGUUUCAUUUGCCGUAAUAAAAAAAAUACUGCUGCUUAUUUAAAGGUAUAGUUUCUUAACGGUACACUCAACCAUAGCUUAUGCACCCUGAUUUCUGUUACAGGCAUUUUGGUAUCUUCAAUACUACGGGAACUAUCGAUAUAAUUUUUUAUUCAUCCCCUAAAUUACUGUCUUCGUAGUUAUUUACAACAAUGUUUGACUAUUUUUAUAAUCAGAUUCUUGCAGGAUUGGGUCCGUAAGUUUGGCAAUUUUGGAGUAAGAAGACAACAACUUCCUUGGUUGCUGUGCACCCUUAAGAAAUUACAAGAAUCAAGCUUAGUUUUAUUCAAAUUAAAAUGAAGGGUAUUUUUUAUCUUUGAAAUCAACUUUUGAAAGCAUUUCAGAGUCCUGUUUAAUUUUAACGAUACUUGAUUAUUUUGGUGGAUGAUUCCAGUGAAAGUUUAAAAAAAAUAUAUUUAUUUUUUGUUUUUGUUUUGAAUAAAAAUUUCGUUUUCGCUAAAAAUAUAUUUAUUUUUAAAUUUUGAAUAGGGAGAUGAAAACCUUGCAAUGUGCUAAAUGUCGCAAAAAAAAAUCAAAUUAUUUCACUCAUUUUGGAUGGACAAGAUUGUUAAAUCUUGCUUUGAUAUGAAAUUCAAUAAAAUGAAACAAAGCAGCGAAAACUAUUUAGCUUUAUUAGUCAAAUAUUAAAAAAAGCAGUUCAAUAAAUGAGAAUACACCAGCCUUGCAUUUUGUUUCAAAAUAUAUAUAUUAUAAUAGAGCCCAUCCGUAAACCAGGUGGAAUCUUUUAGGAAAAUUAGAAGAUUUUUUUUGUGUCAGGUUCAAAUUUAUUGAAAUUGUUUUUAGUUUGUUUAAAUGAUGUAUAAUGAAGCAUAAAAAGUGUGUAAGUGUGUAAGAUUUUCAGAGUUAUUUGAAAAAACAUCACGUGUCGCGAAAUUUGCGUGAAAUUUGGUGUUUUGAAAUUGAGGUCUCCGUGAAAUUUGCAAUUUUCGAGCGUGAAAAAUCACUAAGCCUACUUAUCUCGAUGUUGACAACCAGUACGUCGACUAUAUUAACAACUGGCGAAACUUGGUUGUACGAUUAACUUUUAUGAAUUUGAUUUUGCAAAAAACUGAAAAUUCAACCAAAACAAAGCACCAUGCGUCUCCAUUAAAAAGGUUCAUAACAAGCAUUUUCUAAGGCGAUGCUAGGAUAUUUUUAAAAAGUUCAUCAUUGAAUAAAAAUUGGUUUAAUUUUAAAAUCCUUUUUUUCCAUUGAAAAUCUUUCCCAGCACAAAACAACAAAAUGAUGACGAUGGCGAUGACGACGACGAAGCAUAAAUCUCUUCCACAGCUCUCUAGCUCCCGAGAGUUACUCAAGAGGUUCGCGAAACAUUUCCUCCAUCCACUUGACCAGGCCUCAAAAGUGCGACUUUUUACUCAGAAGUGCCACCGUGACUUGGUGGGUGGUCUGACGCUACUUGCAACAAGACUCUUUACACGGCUCGCCCAGCGGCAAACAAAAUUGGAUUAAUUUUCUCUCCGGCAGUUUUGUGCACCCCCUGGGGAGAGGCAAAAGAAACCAUAUUUUUCGCGCAACCCAAAACCUAUUAUAACUUCUUGGUUGCGGUUUUUAGGGUGAGUGCACCGGUGUUGGGUCGCCUUUUUUAAAAAAAAGAUUUUUAAAGUUGGGACAAAGUUGAUCGUCUCAACUCAGAAAGCUACUUCCAAUCGAUUGAAUAUUGAAUGGAUGUCGAGACAGAAGUAGCAGAAUAAGGAAAAAAUUGCUGCGAAAGCAUCUCAAGCGAAAACGUGUCUACCCUCUCAAGUCGCAAUUGUGGGUGAGUGUUAAAUCGAUAUUCUAGUUUCGCGAGGUUUUUGUUGAGUGUUGAUUUCAAGUUUGUAAGAGAAAAAAAACGCGCGGAGGCGAGUACACGAGCUGAAUGCUUGUGAAAUGUUUAGAAAUCAUUUAAAUGUAAGGUAAUAGAAGGUUUAAAAACAUCGCGUAUACACACAACAGUGCUUCGAGCUCCAUGUUAAGAACCAAAAAAUAGCACAUAUAUUCCUCACAAAUUUGAGAAAGCAUCUGUGUUAACCACGUUCAACUUCGCGCAGGAUGGUCGCUUAAUCUGGUCGCGAUAAAGAACGAACAAGAUGGGUGGAGGUCUUAACAUUCUUUUUCACAUUUUUUUUUAUUUUGGUGCCUGGGCUGAUUGACAUUAAAUUGUGUACCGGAUCGAGCGAUGAAGGGUUGGUGAUUCGUCUUUUUUUUUUCUAAAUACCUAAUGCAUGAUUCUAACAAGUAAAUAUGUAAACCUAACUUUUUCAUUCAACCGAGUAAAAUCACCCCCUUUCAGAACUCUCAACCAAGGUCUCUCAACUGGGCACCACCUCCAAACUCCACCCAGCUUCCCCAAAACACUCGAAUUUCCGCUUUUUCACACAUAUGUGACCACGGCCAUGACAUUUUUCAGCAUAUCGACACAUAUUGCUUCCGAUGAUUGUUCGACUAUGCCCCAAACAAGCAAUCUAAGCAAAACAAAAAAAAAUGAAAAAAAAUAAACUCAUUUAUAAGAAAUAAUUGUAAAGCUAAAUUUAAGCCAGCCCAUUUUGAGAUCACAGCAGAAUAAUUAGAAGAAAAAAAGAAGAAUCUAAAGAGUACAUCCACUCUAACUGUAUGUCACACAGCGACAAUGUAAGACUGUUGAAAAGUCUUGUACAGAAAGGUAAAGGACGAGGACAAGAUAGAGUGCAGACUUUUAAGCACACGUACACGAUCACACGAAAACACAAACACACUAACACAACUUCUUCCAGCUUACUCACGAGUUUAGUUUUUUUUAAUUGAAUGAAAAAAAGUAUAUUAAAGGAUUGAGGAGAUAGAGAAAGGCAAGAUUUGUGUGUCAAUUAAACACAAUUUAAUAAGAACAAAGUCAGCAUCAGCAGGUUAAGCUUUAAUAUUCGCUGGAAGGCGUCACACAUUUUUAAGGAAAUAAUAAUUUCGAUGGCAUGUUUUAUAUACAGUUAAAAAAGGAUAGCUUAGAUUGAGCCCAGAAAAGAUGUUUAGAAACCAGCUAAGCGAAAAGAAUAAAACCUUUCAAAAUAUCUUAAAUUUAAACUAUCUAGCAAAACGUUACAUUUAUAAGGACGAGUGCUGCAAAAGAAAGAAAGAAUUUAUAGGAGCUACCACGCAGAGAAGGAGUGUUGUUUCAAGUUAGAACUUAGGACGAAUAAAAAAUCACAAAUGUUAUCACAAGA